AUGGCUUCUUCGACCACCAUAAACACUUGGAUGGACAGUCUUGUGGCGUCCCUUCUGCCACCAUCAACCCCGCCGACGGAUGCUCGCAAGUAUAAAGAAAAUUUUAUGCGUCAGGCUAAGACACACACCUAUGGGCGGACUAACCAAUUCAGCGUCAUUGAGAGGCUUAACGGACUUGAAGAGAAACUCCAGGUGCAAAACCUCGAUGAUGUUGCCCAGGAACUGUACUCGCGCCGCAUGAAGCUCAAUAUCGCUGAGGAUAGAUGGCUGCCCGACGUGCUAGAUCUACUCCUGCAUCUCUCUGUGGCCCCCGUCAAGUAUAGCCGUGUCAGCAAUCUUGAAAGGAUCAAACCAAAACCUCAAAUCCCACCCGCCUUGACCUGGAAAGAUAUCGAGGCAAUCGAUCCAAUUGACCGUGAGGAUGAUAUCUGGAACAUACCAGACUAUAGCGACUUCAGCUCGGAGGAGGAUGAAGUCAUUGUCUCCAGUACGAGCGCAUCCCCUGUUCCCGCAAAGGAAAGUCGCUCAAUAAAUCCUGCAAUAUCAAGGACGAUAGAAGUCGGACCAAGGGAGGAGACAUCUUCAAUAGCCGGCUUUGCUUCUUCCCAAUUCUGGAACAAGUCAGGAUUCUCCAUCACAACAACCGAGCAACAAACAAUUCGAGAGGUUCUCAUGAUGCUUAGUGGAUUUCCUACCUCAAUGUUCAACGUGUAUGGCAAUGAACUGAAGCCAGAUCCCCGUUACCGUCUCCGUAACGUCGAGGUCGAGACGUCCUCUCGGUUCUUAUCCCAAGCCGCAGAACUUGGUUCUACUGUGCGUUCUGUCAUGCUCUGGGUUGGUAAAGCACGAACUGAGAGGGUCAUGCUUAUUAUCGAAAAUCACUUCCGUGAUACUCUGAUACAGUUCCAUCACUUCAUCAACGAUCUGCAAAUGGGUGUCUCGAAUGGUGACGAUCCCAAUGGGAUUGCCACUUUGCUGGAACUAUUGCAUCGCAUCAAUGAAGCCAGCGCGCCAUUAAAAUCAAUAUCUACCUUGCUCCUACGUCUACCACCAGAUGAGCCAGUCACCGCCCUCAAUAUAUUGUACAGACAUGUCGACCUGGCAUACUCAUGUUGCGACCAACCAACCAUAAGCAUCAUUCUUCCUGUUUUCAACGCAGCAUUUGAAGCAUAUGCUGCCCCAAUUGACACAUGGAUACAGACCGGCGUUUUGGAUCAGAAGGUGAACACCUUCAUAUCUAAGGCUGCUGCCCUGAAAAAUCCCGCAAGCCUUUGGCACGAUUGGUUCUCUCUGGUACCCGAAAAAGAUAGGCUUAUACCAGUAUUUCUCAAACAAUACGCGUCAAAGAUAUUCAACGCAGGCAAGACGGCGGCAUUUUCCCGAUACCUCGAUCAAUCCAAGAAACACGACGCUGAUGCCGCCCAGCUUGGGAUUGCAAAACUCGCGCAUGACGCAUUAAACAUGACAAAAGGCUUGCCAGUCCCAUUUACUACUUCGUUUGAAACGUUGAUUGAAACUCGGCUGUCGUGUAUCCUCCUCAAUGCUACAAACUUUUUGAAGGGGUUGCUAGAAGAACAAUGUGGACUUUCUUGCCUCCUCGAUGCAUUUCAGUACAUUUAUCUCGGCAGCAACGGUGCAGUACUAAGCACCUGGGAAGCGCGAAUGUUUGACCAGAUCGACAAAUGUGUAGAGAUCUGGAACGAUCGCUUUCUCGUGGUGGAUACGCUUGCCGAAGCCUUCGUUGACAUCAAGUGCAUUGAUCCAGAACUCCUCAGUGUACAAUCUAAAUAUACUUCCUCACGCACCAUGGAGAGUCGGCGUCGCUCAGUGAAGAUAUUGAGUGCCUUGACAAUAUCCUAUGACUUCUCUUGGGCUAUUGCGAAUAUCAUUCUUCCUGACACAAUCAAUUCCUACCAACGAGUUUCACUUGUCCUCGGUCAGAUUCGGCGAGCAAGAUUCCUACUCGAAAGGCGUGCAUAUUUUUGUGUACAGAACAUCCCGCUAACCGGAGAUUCAACUGUUCAGAAUGCUGCACGAGCUAUGUGCUUUACAAUGUCUCUCUUUGUCAACAUUGUCUAUGAUCACUUCACAAGCUGUACGAUAUCUUCAAUGAGCGAGAAUAUGCGGAAUAAACUAGAAGGAACUGUUGACGAGAUGAUUUUUAUUCACACUGAGUAUACCAAACUGCUCGAGCUAGCUUGCCUGUGCGGUCAACGCAUCAAACCUCUUCACGACAGUCUACUGGCCAUACUGGAUCUCUGCCUACGAUUUACAGACAUCGUUUCGUCGUCCUUGACGACGGCCAACCAUCCUUCUAAGGAUUUCGAAGCAUCUUCCUUUAUCUCGGCCCGAAGUCAACGCAGAAAGAAAAGGAAAACCGAUGUAGAAUCGACUAGUGAUUCUGACGAGGAGGACGAAGAUGAAAUGGGGGAGGGAUAUUCUACUUUCAUUCUCGAUGAGGACACGUCAAUAGCAGAUGAGAUCGCCAACAUCAAGCAGGCAUUCACGGAACAUGUGACCUUCCUGAUGGCUGGGCUCAGAGGCGUGGCUAGAAGCUCUGGAGAAGUUGGUGAUCUACUUGAGUUGCUUGCGGAUUCCUUGGAGUGUCUCUUCCCACAAAGGCGGAUUGGAAUGUAUUGA